GCAAAGUUGUUGAGGGAGGGGUGAGAAUAUAUACAAGUCGGAUAUGAAACAUUUCUUUCCAUGCAACCUUCUUAAGUUGCUUUUAGAGGGAAAUAAUUUUUUGAUUUUUUAAAAUCAUACUUUAGUCACGCAAUGCCAAGUCAUGCAAUGACUUAAUAACGCCCAAAAAAACACCGUGACACCGAAGUGACUUGAUGGUGCARUCAUAGCUGUACAACAUGGCUUUCUUCAAUACACUUCUUGUCUUCUUAACAGCAAACUGGUUCGCAAUUUCCCUGACAGUUUGCAUAUCCUUUAUUCUCUAUAUCUGGGGUAUUGCUCCCUUUCGCCGCUCUAGAGUUCUUGCUCUCGUAGGUGAUCUACCAGGACCAGCUCCAUUGCCUUUCUUGGGCAACCUUCUGGACUUAAUCAAGCUCAAAGGACAGACCCAUCUGUACAUUGAUGAGUAUUACAAGAAAUAUGGUCGAUUGUUUACGAUGUUUUUGUUCACCAAGAGGCCAAGUCUCUUCAUUGGGGACCCAGAAAUGACAAAAGAAAUACUUGUGAAAGAGUUCCAAAGCUUUCAUGAUCGUCCGCUCUUUUUUGAAAUUCCCAAACCAUUUGAUGUCAUGAUGAGCAUUGCCACUGGAGAAACAUGGCAUCGCAUUCGUACCACAAUAUCCCCAACAUUCAGUGCUCAUAAAAUGAAACUGAUGAUUCCGUUGAUGAACAAGUCAUGUGACCUACUGGAGAAGAAGCUGGAUCAAGUGGCAGGGACUGGGGAGACUAUUGAUAUUUACAAGUAUCAUCAAGGUCUGACAAUGGAGGGRAUUUUGUCAACAUUUUUUGGCAUUGAGUCCAAUGCUCAGAAUGAUUACAAUGACCCAGCAUUCAAGGCAGCACGAGAGAGUCUUGACCCAGGUCCUUUCAGGAGAUUCAUCACCGCAUUUGUUGGGAUUUUACCUUUUGGAUCAUACUUUGUGAGAUAUUUUCCAAGUUUUUUCAUUGGCCAGUUUCAAAACCUUGUUCAUUUGACUGAAAAGAUUAUUGAAGCAAGAAAAAAAGAGGGAGAUAGUGCGAGAAAGGAUGUUCUAGACUUAAUGCUUAGUGCCACCCAACCAGACGUAGCAGAACAAAAAACGUUAUCAGAAUACGAAGUAAUCGCCCAGAGUAUGAUAUUCCUUUUUGCUGGCUAUGAAACGACUAGCAUCACCUUGGCACUAACUUGCCAUCACCUAGCAACCAACCAAGAUUUCCAGGAAAAGUUACAGAAGGAAAUCGAUGACGUGUGGAGGGAUGAAGAUCAGCCACCAUCAUACGAAGUCGUUCAGUCCUUACCUUACCUUGAUAUGGUGAUCUCGGAAACACUUCGUCUCUACCCUCCAGGUUUCUUUCUCGCACGAGAAUGCACCAAGGAUUGUGUCAUCAAAGGUCUGCACAUCAAAAAAGGAACCCCAGUUAUCACUCCAGCCUACAGCAUUCAUCGCGACCCAGAAUUCUAUCCUGACCCCGAGAAGUUUGACCCAGAACGCUUUAGCGCCGAGGCCAAGGCGUCACGUGAUCCCUACGCCUACCUUCCCUUUGGUCAAGGUCCACGUAAUUGUAUUGGGAUGAGAUUCGCUCAGAUGGAGAUGAAGCUSGCUUUGGUUCGCAUCCUGAAGAGAUUCACUCUUGUGGUUGCACCAGAAACGAAGAUCCCUCCCGUGAUUGUGGCCAAACCUAGUAUAUUGGGUUGUGAUGGCGUAAAACUGCGCGUGCAGCAAAGAAAAUAACCCAACCCUCACACAAUUUAAGCCCGACCGAAAAUAAGCCCCUAAAUUUGGAACGUAAAAACCGUGUCUUUAGUAUUGAGGCCAAGCAGUUUGAACAUUUGUAGAGAGGGGGGAGGGUAUUCUGUUCAUUUCAAAAACCCCUCCCAGAUAUAACUGUAUGUAAUAGCAUAAAAUGUGUUGAUGUUCCAAGAAUCAAAUUUGAGAAUACGUCCUCAUUUUAAUGACGGAAAAAUAAAUAGAUGUGUCAAUUUU